GCCUCUGUGUGCCCGCCCCGGAGCAGCUCCGGGCCGCUAGCCCCAGCUUGUGCUCUCCGCCAGCUCUCACCACCGUGUCGCAGAGAGCUAGCUGCGAAGCUAAGGCUAGCUCACACGGCUAUGUGGGUAGCUAGCCUGCUUAGAACCGAGGAAUCACUGCUGCGCCCAUCAUCGGACGGACCACACUCUGACGAAAUGACCUAGAGGCCUUACAGAUACAGUUGUGCUUUUGUCGCUCCAAUUCAUGGGAGAACAGCAAGCCCUGGAAGCGUACUUGGUUCCGCGUUGAGUAAUAUCUACCUCAGCCAGAAGACGAGGGAGAGACCAGGAAGCUGCUGGAGACUACAGAGUCCUGCUAUUUGAAGAGGGUUUAAGACGGACUGGAUCUGUCUGCCCUUCUCCCACUGCUCCUCUGCCAGCCAGUGUUCGAGCCACAUCCUCUGGUUCCAGCAUCAUUUACUCACUUGUUUUUUUUAAUUAGUUGUUUUUCCCUCAGUGCUGUUGAUCAGUUUCUCAUAAUCCUUAGAUUCAUAUUUUCGUUUUUGAUUUCAGCUUUUAAAAUGAUUUUCUAUUUUUAUCAGUGCAGACUGGUAUAGGUUUAUAUAUGUGCUCGAUAGAUGCUCUAUAUACUGUAUGAAGAAAGAUUUUUUUCUGAAGGAAAGUUAAUGUACUCAAAAGCUAAAAUACUCCUUUGCAAAUGAAGUUGUGUUUUUGACUUUCCAUCCCUAUUAUGAUCAUUUUGUUUGAAGCUGGAAACAGAGAAUCUGGAGGUGUGUCGGUGCUGUUUUUUAAGCUGGGUCUGACGUAUCUGCAGCAGGGCUGCAUGUAAGAAUUUCACACAGCCUGUCAGCCUUUUCCCAUCGCCCCCCGACCUCACCCCUUUCUGUGCUGCCUCUCCACAAGGCAAACUGAGAUGAGCUUCUGGCAGGUGGAAUCCUUAGGCUGUCUUUUUACAUAACUUGAAAGGUUUCACGAUUGAUUGGUUUGGGUUUUUUUCUAAAAAGGACAAGAGCACUUUGCGGGUAAAACAAAGUAAAAACAGGAGCUUCCGGUGCUGUUGCACCACUUAUGUAUUGUUGUAGUGCACAGGAAAAUAAAAUGGACUACAAGCGUCGCUUUUUGCUGGGCGGGUCCAAGCAGAAAGUGCAACAGCACCAGCAGUACCAAAUGCCUGAGCUGAGCAGGACCCUGAGUGCCUCACUGGCCUCCACUUGUUCAGCAUCUUCGCCCAUUGGCACUGGUGUGGGCAUGCCUGGCAGCUGCCACCCGCCCCCUUCUGCUGCCACCACUGCGGUUGCAGACAUCCAGCAAGGCAUCUCAAAAUAUUUGGAUGCCCUCAACGUGUUCUGCCGGGCCAGCGCCUUCCUCACAGACUUGUUCAGCGGUGUGUUCAGGAACUCUCACUAUUCCAAAGCAGCUAUGCAACUGAAGGACGUGCAGGAACACGUCAUGGAGGCGGCCAGCAGGCUGACUGCAGCAAUAAAGCCUGAGAUUGCCAAGAUGCUGAUGGAGCUGAGCGCUGGUGCCGCAAAUUUCAAAGACCAGAACGACUUCAGCCUGCAGGAUGUUGAGGUACUGGGACGGUGCUUCCUCACUGUGAUGCAGGUCCACUUCCAGUUUCUAUCACAGGCUUUGCAGAAGGUCCAGCCUGUGGCUCAGUCCUGCCUGGCGGAGGCUCUUGCCCAGGCCCAGGAGCGCUGCGCCAACGCCCGCUCCCAAGGCUCAGACCUCGGGCCGCUCACAGAGCUGGAGGACGCGUCCCGCUCAUGGAAAGGUGCAGCUGAGGCUACGGCGAGGCUGAGGGAGAGGGGCCGGGACGGCUGCCUGGCAGGCAUCCAGGUUCAGCAGCUCUUUUGCUCCAACAACACCAUCAUCCCUGAGCACCAGCUGAAGGAGCUUAACAUGAAGAUUGACAGUGCUUUACAGGGCUAUAAAAUCGCACUAGAGAGCCUGGGCCAUAGUGAGUACGCACUGAAGGGUGGCUUUCAUCUUAACCCCAAAGCUGUGGAGGUAGCCUUACAGGGCUGCUGCAGUGAUGCGGAGGCCCAGCAGGCAGGGAGGAUGCAGACCACCUCCCAGUCUAUCCAGUGUGAGCUGCCCACUAUCCCUCUGCAGAUCGGCUCACAUUUCCUCAAAGGAGUGUCCUUCAACGAGUCAGCGGCUGAAAACCUUAAACUGAAAACGCACACGAUGCUGCUGCUCAUUAAGGAGGCGCUUGGCCAGAACGGAGUGACCCCAAGAGACGACUCUCCUGUCACUGAGGUCCUCAACCACGUCUGCCCAUCCAGGUGGAGAGGAGCCUGCAAGACAGCUGUCCAGCUGUUGUUCGCCCAGGCUGGUCUGGUGGUUGUUGACACAGCUCAGAUUGAGAACAAGGAGGCCUACGCUCCACAAAUCACUCUGGAGGGCUCCAAGGUUGUGGUCCAAGUUCCUUCUACAUGGUGUCUAAAGGAGGACCCAGCCACCAUGUCCCUGCUCCAGCGGAGUUUGGACCCAGAGAAAACACUUGGUCUAGUUGACAUGCUCUACACGGCUGUGUUUGACAUCAACAAGUGGAAGGAGAGAAAAGAGCAGGCCUUGCCCACUAUUCAGAUCCAGCUGCAGCGGGAGAUCCCAGACUACGGCGCCCAUGUAGACCUUCCUCUAGGCACCAGCUCCAAGACCUCGAGUGGAUUGCCCAAAACUAUAUCCAAGCUGACUUCCAAGUUCACCAAGAAGGUGUCAUCCAGCUCGAACAGUGGGGGCAGUUUCUCCAUCCCGAGCACGCCGUCUCGCAGCAUGCUGAGCACCAGUAGCUCUGAGGAUAAGGUCAAGAGCCUGGGCCACAGUGACGGAAGGCUACAGUGCAUCCUGCAGAUGGCAAGCCUGUCCUCCACUCCUGACCCUACGCAGCAAAGCCAGCUGGCCAACGGCUUGGUGUGCGAUGACCAGGGGAUGAACUUGCCAACUGACCAAGAGAUGCAGGAUGUCAUCGACUUUCUCUCAGGAUUCAACAUGGGUAAAUCUCAGCAGGCCUCGCCCCUGGUCAAGCGGAGGAACUCUGUGGCAUCUGCAAACCCGGCUGAGCUGAAGCCGCCCAGUGGACCCCCACCAACUUCCCAGACUAUCUCCCUACAGCCCCCAGCUCAGACAAUGCCUCAGCCCCAGCCUCAAGCAGUGCAGAAGCAGCAGCAGCAGCCACAGCCUCCUCCUCCUCCUCCGCAGCAACAACAACAACAACCCCAGCAGCCUCCUCCUCAGCAGCCCUCUCCGCAGGCCCUGCAGUACUACCAGCACCUCCUGCAGCCCAUCAGUCAGCAGCAGCCCCCCCCUCCCCAGCUUCCUCCUCAACAGACCCCACCACAGGUCCUGCCACAGCAGAGAGUGGCGAGCAAGUGGCUCGGCACAUCCGGUCAGCAACCACCACAGCAAGGCCCCCCGGCAGGGCUGUCCCCUCUGGGACCCAUCGGGCAGUGGGGGUCCCCUGGACUGCCAGAUUUGAGCUCAGACCUGUACAGUCUGGGCCUGGUCAGCACCUACAUGGACAGUGUCAUGUCAGAGAUGCUCGGCCAGAAGCCGCAGGGACCCCGCAACAACACGUGGCCCAACAGGGACCAGAGCGAGGGGGUGUUUGGAGUCCUAGGAGACACGCUGCCCUUUGACCCAGCAGUUGGCUCGGAUCCAGAGUUUGCACGUUACGUUGCCGGUGUCAGUCAGGCCAUGCAGCAGAAACGGCAGGUGCAGCACAUCCGUCGCCCUAGCAACACGCGCAGCAACUGGCCAAUGCCCGAUGAGCAGCAUCGAACCUGGUCCCACCCUGAGUAUUACAGUGAGGGUGAGGCCGUGAACAGCAGCUGGUCGGCCAAUCAGGGGGACUCGGCCAGCUCCAGCGAUGAGACGUCCUCAGCCAAUGGGGACAGUCUAUUCUCCAUGUUUUCUGGGCCUGACCUCGUAGCAGCAGUUAAACAAAGGAGAAAACACAGCUGUGGUGAGCCGGAGGUGUGCACCCUGCCCUCACCACCACUCCAUCACAUCGGCGAUGACAGCCAGGACAGCAAAACUAAAACCUGGCCUCCCAAAGCCCCAUGGCAGCACUCCGCCCACUCCCACACCAACACCAUGCCCAAUCCCAGCUCUUCCUUGUACCAGAUGAACAUCCCUCCUUCCUCCCAGUGGAGCGACUCCAUGCAGAUGCUGCAGUCUCCUGUGUGGUCCACUGCCAGCGACUGCUCCCCCUCCACCUGCAUCUCCUCUGGUUUUCCCAGUUUCACCCAGCAGCAGCAACAACAACAACAACAACAACAGCAGCAGCAACAACAACAGCAGCAGCAGCAGCAACAGCAGCAACACAAACCCAUGACUAAGGGCUUUAAAUCCUUCCCCCUCAAACACGAGCACAGGCCCUCCUACCUUCACCAGUACUGACCAAUCCGUAAUGUUGACUGAGUCCACGGUGAAGUGCCACGGAGGACCUGGAGCUCGUGUUCAUUGAGCCACUGAGUGGGCCAAGCUGCCGCCUUUCACUCUCCACACCCACUGAAUUGGAAGAUUUCAAAGCCUCAGAGGCAAAAAAAUUUGUUCACACACUGGCUCAACAUUUUUGUAUCUAUAUUUUUCCAUAUCAAACAUCCCCAUUGGAAAGAGAGAGGCGUAUUUUGAAGUUUUUUCAACUGCCAUGUUUUAACUAGAGAAAAGGUGCAUGUGUCAUGCUGGCAGCAGUUAGUCGAAGUGGUUGUUUCUCUGUCUGUUGAGCUGACGUCUCCUCAGACAAGAGCUGGAGACGUGCACGGCCGUCACCCACUUGCUUCUGCCGCUUAACGUGUGUGUGUGUGUGUGUGUGUGUUUGUGUGUGUGGAAGGGCGCCUGUGUGUGUGGAAGGGUGUGUGUGUGUGUGUGUUGGAGAGAGAGAAGGAGGGGGGGUGGUAUUAACAAGGGGCAGGGGCUUGAAAUGCUCUCAUUUUGCCCACAUUGAUGAAUAUACUGUGUCUACAUAGCUGUAACUGCCAAAUCUCACGCUAGAUGACUCAGAAUACAGCUACCAUCUACUGUUUCAUAGCUUGUAAAAUACUGAAGUAGAAAUAUAAAUAUUUAGUUAUUUUUAUUAAGAGGCUUUGAGCAGGCUCAGCAUAAUUAUAGUGAAUCACUGCAGAGGUGUAAUUUGGAGAGAGAUACACUACUUUUUUCAACAACUGACCAGAGUUAUGAGUGAUAGCAGUAACUGUGUGCCAUGUUGGUAUUGAUAGCACUUGCAAAAAUAAAAUUUCCAACCAAAGCGUCGUCGAGAUGACGAACGACGUUGACGAGAUAGGAGUAACACACCCCCGCUUCCCGAGACGGCAAGGGGGGGGGGGGGGCGUCUUUACACCCGCUAGCGCGUUCAAUUCCUCCUCUCCAAUUGGUGGCUGUUUGCUCCAGAUUGACACUAACUCCAAUAAACCUAAACCUUUCUUCUGUUUAAUAAUACAAUAUUUUUCUUGUACAACUAUUGACAGUAUUAAUCUUAUUUUUGUAUUUUCUUACAUGUUAUACCAUUACUGUAUGUUAGUAUUCUUGUAGCCAUAUUACAUGAAAACAUUUAUUUUCCACCUCCCAAUAUGUGAAAAAAGCACAUUUUUUUUCCUACAACAGUUGAACUACACCAUCUUAUCUCUAAAGGUUACCAAAUAUGCCAUUCUAAACACUAAACCAGUGUGUGAUGAGGGUGUUUUCGAGCCCUUGUUUCUUUGGUUUCUAUGGCGAUGGGCUGCAUUUCAAGAGCCCAGAAUGUUAUCUUUUUGUGAUGUUUGCGGAUGCCAAUGUUGCCUGUAUUUAUGAAAUGACACCAUGUUUUCAGAAAACUAACAUACUUAACAUGUUUACAGAGAAUUGUUUGCUGUAUAUACAUAUAAAUAUAUAUCUUUUUAUAGUCAAUGUGCUUUGCACAAUCAAGAUAUAGGGUUUGUUGCUUUUUGUCUGUGUUAUCUUCCUAACUCUUGCAGCCUUUUUUAAAGACAUCCUUACAGACCUUGGACUGUAACUGUUAGCUUCUCAGCUGUGUCAAAUGGUUUACUAGUGGCUUCUACAAAAAAAUUAUAAAAAAAUAAAUAAAAAUCCUGUUGCCCUGAUAGAAGAUAUGAAGGGGAACUGCUUGGCUUAUGUUGCUUAUUGUUCUCUUGAGCUGGCAACUGAAUCUUUCCAAGUGUACCAGCAAUGCAAAAAAUAAAUAAAAAUGACUAGCAAUUCAAAA